CCCUCCUUCCCCUGUGUCUGACACUGACUUCAAGGGAGGAGUUGAGCCAAUUAUCUGUGAGUCCUGCAGAAGAAAAAUCUGCAAUUUGCCAGUAGUUGUGAGAGUGAGAAGGAGAAAGGCAGCAAGGGAAGAAGAAAGACUUAAUUGGUAAAUAUAAAGAAAAACCCCUUCUGUCCUAGAAAGAGAAUAUUUUAAAGCAAAUCUCAGACCAGCAGAAAAGAAGCUUGUGCAGAGGGAUGUACCAGGCAAGACCUGGGGAAGCAUAGACAACUUCUAUGCCUGCACUGAUCUUUCCCCAUAGGGUCUGAGGCAGCAUAGAGGCAGGGUGGGCCGGCCAGAUGCACCCACUACCCUGCACAACUAGGUCUUGCUCCUGAAAUUCUUUCCCCCUCAGCAGAGCCUACGCAACUUGUAAGAAAAGACAGUGAGGGUGGGAGAGACUCUGCUUUUCCUUUUCUCGAACUGAGGCUGUGAAGGAAAAAGCUCAUCUCACCAAAGGGAAAAGUUGUCACUGGUUCUGAGACUCUUCUUUAGCCUAUGUCGAUUGCCUGAUCCAGUAAUUACCAUUCAUGGGAUAACACCCUCUGGAGCCCUGCAGUCCUUCCCAAUCCUGCUAAGUUCUUGGAAAACACUGGAGAAGAACUGAGCCCAGAAUAAGCAACGUGGGAGCCACAGAACAACAGCCUUUUACAGCAGCAGCCACCCCUGAUUAAAAUUAUCAGCUUCAUCAGACUGCACCAAGAUCCAGGACUGCUCCUCCAAGGAAAGAGAGGAUCAAGCAAUGAUGAAGACCAUGUCUGGUGGAAACUGCAACCUGAAUGUGCCAGCCAAGAACUCAUACCGGAUGGUAGUGCUGGGAGCCUCCAGGGUGGGGAAAAGCUCCAUCGUCUCACGCUUUCUCAACGGCCGGUUUGAGGAUCAGUACACUCCUACCAUCGAGGACUUUCAUCGCAAGGUCUACAACAUCCGGGGAGACAUGUAUCAGCUGGACAUCCUGGACACCUCUGGGAAUCACCCUUUCCCUGCUAUGAGGAGGCUUUCUAUCCUGACAGGGGAUGUUUUCAUCCUGGUAUUUAGCCUGGACAACAGAGAAUCCUUUGAUGAGGUCAAGCGGCUCCAGAAACAGAUCCUUGAGGUCAAAUCCUGCCUGAAGAACAAGACCAAGGAAUCAGCUGACCUCCCUAUGGUGAUCUGUGGAAACAAAAAUGACCACAGUGAAGUCUUCCGCAAGGUACGCACUGAUGAAGGUGAGAAUCUUGUCUCCAGUGACGAAAACUGUGCUUACUUUGAAGUGUCAGCCAAGAAGAAUACCAAUGUGGAUGAGAUGUUCUAUGUUCUCUUCAGCAUGGCCAAGCUACCUCAUGAGAUGAGCCCUUCUCUCCACAGGAAGAUCUCCAUCCAGUAUGGUGACACUUUCCAACAGAAAUCCUUCCGGAUGCGCCGAUUCAAGGACAUGGGUGCCUAUGGCAUGAUCUCUCCCUUUGCUCGCCGGCCAAGCGUCAACAGCGACCUGAAGUAUAUCAAAUCGAAAGUUCUCCGGGAAGGUCAGUCCAGAGAGAGGGAGAAAUGCACAAUCCAGUGAAGGAGGCUUGCACUUCUGUCUUAAGUCAACAUCCACAUGCAGUGCCUUAAAGAAAAAAUGGUCCACGGGAACACAGAACGAGUUCAUGGGGUUUAUUGAGAAAACCCAACGUGGAGAAAGGAUAACUCUUCCUGUGGAUUCUGCUGAGUCACAAAUGUAAAUAACAUCAUCCUUGAAAAUGACUGGGAAAAAAGUAUACGCCUGAGACACGAGUGCAUCUUUUUGUCUCUGUAAUGUAGUUCCUCUUCAUUCCCCUUUUUGUGUAAAGAACACAGGCCUGAGAAGUAAAGACUUUUCAACCUUAUCCUUACAAAGAAAAUAGGUCAAAAAUGCACAGGAGGCAUUAACACUUACCCAGCAUGCAGCUCUUGCUAAGAGAGAGGAAGUUAUGUGUGUGUGUGUGUGAAUCUCUAUGUGCCUGUGUGUAUGUGUGCAUGCAUGUGUGGAGCUCUCCUUUUAAAAAGUGGGACUUGCAUUUCAAAGGGCAGCAGUCCUAACUGAGGAUUCAUGGAUUGGGAGUGGACUCUACAUGUGGAUGCAUGACUUCCACUCACUUCUGAGGGCACCUGCAUUAAGAAGAACUUGAUUUUAUGUUUGUGGGAACAGUUACCAUUUGACAUCGACAUGAAUGUUGGUUUAUGUUAUAGAUUUUAUUUGGGAUUUGGGGUUUUUUUAUUGUCGGGGGUGGAUUUUUAGCAAAAUCAGAUGGUGUGUUUGACAUUAAAUAGUGUCUGCUUUCUACCACUGAAAGGUGUUUUUCAUCUGUAAAAUUUUCUAGUAUGUACAUUGAUUGAAAGUGAAAUAGUUCUGCAAAAACCAAUGCAUUUGACAGCUUUUCAAGCCUGGUGUGAUAUUGUUUCUCAAAGCAGCCACACCAACUCUGAGUACGAUAGUACAAAUGCCACCCUCUGCCUUGAUGGUCACCGGAGUAAUGAUUUCUUCCUCUGCCUGUAUCAGCCGAGAGUGACCAGAUUAAUAUGUAGACUUAGGCCACUUAAGAGGCAGGAUUGGGUUGUUCUUCAGAAUUAGGAACUGAAUGAUUAUAGGGCCAGCUCCAUUGUAUUUCUUCUGUUAACAUGCCUCUAGUCAUUUUGUUCAUGUAUUCCCCCACUGUCUGAUAAAGGUUGCCUGGAUGUAAACCUUUGCACUGCAGAAGUUCUUCAGAACAGAAGCUUUGUGCUGGCUGUCCAAACAGGGUUGAACAGACUGGCCAGAUAAAUCUGGGGCUGUACAUUCACUUCUUUCCUUUCUCAGCUCAGUACAGGCUUCCUUGUCUUCAUCUCUCUCCCUGUUCUGCUUUUGGCUCUGUUGUUUGAUGAGUUCCUGUAUGCCCUCAAAGCCCAAUAUAUUCUCUCAGAUAUGAGCCUACCACUCUUGCUGACUGAAAUGAGAUGUGUGCACACAUAUCUGUGAGCAAAGCAUGGCCCCAAGACUGUACACAACAGUAGAAUAUGUAUGUUAUAUAUACCUCAGAUAUAUUCUCCCUUUCUCACCCUCAGUUUCUGUUCUUGGCUGUGGCUGCCUUGCUGUGUCUUGGGCAGAGCUGUGAGCUAGUUCGUGCUAUAAUUUGACAGGAAACCAAGAAUGAUGAUUGUCUGUAAAAAUUAGCCUCUGGGACGCAAAAUCCCAUAUUCAUUUAUCAGCUCCACCCUUCAUUGGUACUGUAUAUUGACUGGUAAAAUACACUGUUCUUUUAUUCCUGUUGCCAAGGCAGCAUCUUUCUGAUCAUGUCUCCCUCCCUCUCUAUAAAUAUGUAAAUGGUUUAUGAUUAAACCUGGUUUAUUUA